GUACUGCCAGUGGAGUUGGCUCCAUGACAUGGAGAGACCGCAGAGAGAUCCAUGCAUUCCUCGUUAUGGAUUAUGACAAUGAAGAGACAAGAGUGGUUCACGAAGGUCCAUACACUCUCAACCUUACAACUAUUGAUAACAGAAUAGACCCACUUGUUGACUUCACCUCAACACUGACGGUGAUGGUUGAUGACAUUGUCAGUGGAACAAACAUAUCUUGUCUGGUUUUCAUGAAACGAGACCAUCUAGUCAUCAAUAAAAGAAGUCCUCCUUCUUCUCCAAACAACAUGACAGUGAAAACUGACAGUUAUCAAACUGACAACUUCUCCAUCAUCAUCUCCUGGGAGUCAGGGGAAGAUGAAGUGGUUGAUGAGUACAGAAUACUGACCAACACUACUACACAGUCCAUCACCACUACCAAUACAACUGUAGUUCUAGAUGGAGUGUACAACAUUCCUCUGGAAAUCAGAGUCUCAGCCAUCAACUGUGCA